GUUCCAAAUAAUGUAAAGAUGUUGUUGAAGAGUCAAUCAGUUGGACAAAAAAAGGAUGAGCUUGAUGAUUAUAAUCAAUUGGAAUCAAAAAUUCUUCUAGACAGAUUAGAAGGCCUUGCAAGAAGAACCUUACAUCCUAUUAAAUAUCCUGAUUAUGCACUCUCUGCUGACAAUUUAAUUAAGAUGGCACUUAUACUAUUAAGAGCUCGUGCAAAUAUUCCAGUAAUUGUUUGUGGUGAAGCUGGUUGUGGAAAGACAAGCUUGAUAGCAUUUUUGGCAAAUGUUGUUGAAGUUGAUUUUAAGGCAUUAAAUCUACAUGCUGGGGUUCAAGAAGAAAAAAUCAUUGAAUUUGUCAAAGAUGCUCAAAAGGAAGCAGAAAAAAAGGAAACAUGGUUAUUCUUUGAUGAAAUCAACACCUGCAAUCAUAUUGGACUAUUAUCUGACCUUAUUGCUCAUAGAAUGCUUGAAGGAAAACAAAUUCAUCCAAAUAUUCGACUUUUUUCAGCAUGUAAUCCAUAUCGUUUCCGUACUAAAAGUGUUAGUGAUGCUGGUUUACAAACAAAAGUGGGAAUAUAUGAUGAAAAAAAUAGACUCGUUUAUCAAGUGAAACCAUUGCCUGAUCAAAUUUUGGAUUAUGUAUGGGAUUAUGGUGUGCUUCAACCAGAAGAUGAAAAGAAAUAUAUUCAUAUAAUGUUACAAGACCAACUCCCCAAAGAAUU